CUGUCAGCUAAAACACAACUGUCAUCGAGGCACGCAAAACCCCGAGGAAAACGAAGCAUUCUGCACAUUAUUUGCCCGAACGCAGCGAUUCCUUUGUCGAUUGCAGUAAAAUACUUUUCCAUCCGCAGUAGUGCACGUCGCGUCCGAACAAAAAAGUGCCAGUAUGUUGUAUCUCGAGGAUUAUCUGGAGAUGAUUGAACAUCUACCGCAAGAACUGCGGGACAGAUUUACCGAGAUGCGUGAGAUGGAUCUGAGCGUGCAGAACAAUACGGAUACGCUGGAUAAGCGCGUUCGGGCACUGUUUCAGCAGUGUCGCCGGGGUGAAAUUUCGUCACCGAUGGCGGACGUCGAGUUCGACUCGAUUCGCACCAACUACUACCGGGUGUUGGACGAUUCGGACGAAAAGAUUCAGCUGGCAGGGCAGAUGUACGAUUUGGUCGAGCGAUACCUGCGCCGGCUCGAUACGGAGCUGGACAAGUUCAAGUGUGAGCUGGAGGCGGACCAUAACGGCAUCACCGAGAUACUGGAGAAGCGUUCGCUCGAGCUGGACAGCAUGACCAGCAACGGUGGCACGAACCAGAAGGAAAACCGUUUCUACGAUACGCAAAACUCGCACGGUUCGAGCCACGCCAGCCGGUCGGACAGCCGGUACAAGCUGAAGGCGGAAAAGCGCCGGUACAGUGUGGCCACCGGCGUUCCGCUGUCGUCGAUGGAGAAACGUACGCUGGCCGGUUCGUCGAAACCGCUUAACAAUAGCGCGAUACGCCCGACUACACCGGCAACCAUCACCGGUGGUGGUGGUGGUGGCCCGGUCGCUGGCAGCGUCGUUACGGGGGUGCCUAGCGUGGGAGCGAUUGUAACGGUUCCGGCCUGCAUCAAUCCAAUCGCCUGCCCGCAGGCCGUACCGGUAAUGAACGCUUCGCCGAGUACGGCUACCGUGGCGGCCACGUACAAUCUGCAGACGUGCGGUGCCGGCAAUGCGAUCGUGGCCGCCGCCAGCCAGGCCAUCGCGCAAACUCAACAGAUGCAGCAGGGCCGGCGGACGGCCAGCCUGAAGGCAUCGUACGAAGCUAUCGGUGGUGUGGGAUCGCACGAGCUGCUGCUCAACAGUGAGCUGGCCGGUGCGACGCACAACGCGUUGCAGGCGGUCGAACGGGAGUCGACCGCGUUCUCAAACCAGCGUCGGCAGAAGAAGAAAGCCGUGGGUACGUCACUGGGCGGCUGUGCUAACAUGCGCACCAAUCCAACCAUGUUGGUCAAUGCUUCAUCCAUUGCCUCUAUUUUAUCCUCGCCCUCGCCGAACGUCCAAACCAUUUCUAGCCCGAAUACAAUAUCGUUAUCGUCUGUAGUAAAUUCCACUGCCACCGUGCAGCAUCAAGCAAACCAACAGCAGUCGCAGCAGUCGCAGCCAUCAUCCCAACAGCAGCCAUUUAUGCAGCAACAUACGCUCAAUCAUCAGCUGCCGGUCCAGUCGCAGCAGUUGCUCAUCCACGCAAACGCACCCGUCACAAUGCAGCACCAGCUGCAGCCGGUAAUGCAACAAAUUUCACUGUCUCAAAAUCAAACGCCGCAGGGUGUGAAGCAGCAGGUGCUGCCCGGCCAUCAAGGGCAGCAUCAGAUCAUUAAUCAGCAGCACAAACCGGUGCAGCUCGUCUCGGCGCAGCACCGUAUGCCGGGACGACAGCUGCAGCCGCAACAGUUGCAACAGUCCAUCCAGGCAGCUCAGCAUCUGCAGCAGCAGCAGCAGCAGCUGCAGCGACCCCAGCUGCUUCAGCAACAGUCUCAGCUGCAUACGGUUCCUCAUCAGCAGCUGCUGCAGGCCCAGUCGCAACAGAAGCAACAGCACCAGCAGCAACAUCAGCAACAACAGCAACAUCAGCAACAGCAGCAGCAGCAGCAGCAACAGCAGCAACAACAGCAGCAGCAGCAGCAGCAGCAGCAGCAGCAACAACAACAGCAGCAGCUGCAGCAAAUACAGCAAUCGCACAAGUCAGUACCGCACAGUUCGUUCCAACAUCAAGCCCAACCGCAACAACAGUCGCAUCUGGUGCAGCAGCAGGUAGUGCAACACAUACAGCAACUACCGGUGCAACAGCAGCAUCAGCUGCUCGACCAUCAGCACAAAGACAUACAGCUGCAGCAAACAUUGCAGCAGCAGCAGCAACAACAGCAACAGCAGUUGUCCCAGCAGCAGCCCUCCCAGCAAGUGUUGCAACAACAGCCACAGCAGGUGCUGCAACAACAGCAACGGCAGCUGCUGCUACAGCAGCAGCCACCGUUGCAGGUUGCCCAACAGCAGCUGCUGCAGCAACAACAGUUGCAAUUGCAAAGCAAGCAGCAGCAGCAGCUGUUGCAACAGCACGCUGGGCAGCAAACUGUUCAAGUCCUUCCACAAUCGCUCCAUCCACAACAACAGCUUCAGCAGCAGCAGCAGCAGCAGCAGCAACAACAUCAGUCAUUCUUGACCGUCACGCAACCGACCACAAGCGCUGCGGGGGUGAAUGUGCCGCCGUUCAUGAAUAACUUGAUAUCGAGCAAUGCGAGCCCGAGCACUAGCAGCAUAAGCACCAACAAUUCCACCAGUACGACCGAGACGCCCGUUACCCUUGACCAGACGGCGGAAGGUGAAUGGUUCGAUCCGAACGAACCCCGGUACUGUCUCUGCAACCAGGUGUCGUACGGUGACAUGGUAGCGUGCGAUAAUGAGGACUGUCCGUUCGAAUGGUUCCAUUAUCCGUGCGUGAACAUUAGCUCGUCGCCGAAAGGCAAAUGGUACUGUCCACAGUGCAGCAGCUCGAUGAAACGGCGUGCGUCGAGAAAGAAUUAGUGCCUGUGUCGUGGAUGUAGAGCGUGUGGUGAAGUGGUCCCCUGUACAGCGGGCAGCAACUGGCACUGGCAUCGACAAUUUGCAAAAAGUUGUAUCAUAGUUAAUAUCUCGUUAACUGUGAGCCACAAAGUGCUUGCAAUGUGUGUGCGCGUGCGUGUGUGUGUGUUGGUGUGCUGAAUUACGUGUGGCGCUUGGACUGUUGAUGUUGGACAUUUGGGCAAUUUUUUAAUCCGUUUUUUUUUCGAUCCGAUUUUACCCUAACACCCUAGCUCCAUGAUGCUGGGCAAAUGUUAUUUUCAACUUCCAUAUGUUUUUUUUUUUCUUCUUUGCUUUACUAUAGUUUCAGGUACUUCAUUGUGGUGUGGUGUGAACUUCGUGCGCACAGAACCGUCACGAUCAGAUAUGUUGUUACAUCUGCAUGUUGCUAACGAACUGCUGGUUUGCAUUGUUUAACCAUUUGAAUUGUUUCCUUCAGUUUCAGGCUUUGGUUUCUGUUGAUGCAAAUAGGUACGGGCACGUUGAACCGAUGAACCUUUCCGUCCGCGCACCCGCUCCCCCCGGAAGCGUUCGGAUGCUUUAGACCUUGUGGAUGCUUUUUUUUUUCUCUCUCUCUCUCACUCUCUCGCUCACGCUUUGGAUGUUCAAAGCAGAAGUACUGCUCGGUUGGUAAAAUGAUGUCAAAAUUAUCUUAAUAUAUGUUUCGAACUUGUAUGGAAAAUUACAGUGAGUAUUGUAAAAUUUUGUUUGAGCCGAUUUACGGACGACGGGAGACUCUGGUGCAAACCCGGUGGCAGCCAUUUUUGUUCGCCCGUUCGUCCGUAAGCCGGCUUUUCAAGACCAAGAAACCAUACUGAUUCGCCCAGAGGCGGAUUAAUGGCUGCGUCCCAAUGGCGGUUGGUGGACAGUGGGACCAGUGAGAGAGUGUGUGUGUGUAGUCCUCACUAAGUGAGGAGAAGGAUGAUGGUUGUCGUCUCAUACAUAAGACUGCAUGCGAUAGCGAUGUUCCAACCGCUUUCCAACUAUUAAGAGGGAGUUGGUGCAACUCCUCUACGCUUAAUUUUGUUUUCCUCUUAAUAAUAGCUCAUCCUAUUGUUGUAAACAUCAAACCAAAGGGAGGUGGGAAGGGAUGGCGGGGGAUGCAGGCAGAGGGAAAGGGGACAAACCAAAUUUUAAACAAAACAUUAUCCUGCAUGGAUUUACAGCUGAGUGUUGAAUUUGAAUAAUUGUACAGCAAAAACAAAAAUCGACGCAAGCAUAACUGGAACGUGGAAGUGUAUAUGCUGGUGAAUAGAAAUAUUAAAUAGAAUAAUAUAUACAUCUAGAGUAGUAUUAGUUUCGAAAACCAUUAGAUCUUUAAGCACAACAAGUACAGGCAAAUUUUUAUUUUACCUCGCUGAUCUGCUGAUCUGCACCAUGGUGCAGAAAUAGUGUAAAGACUUCCGGUACAUUUAUGAAAAACAAAAUGGGUUACGGGGCUGGGAAAAUUUAAUUAAGAAUAUAGAAAACGUGAACGUAUAGAUGUUACUUUGUAAAUGUAUACAUGUAACGCGCCAAUUUAUGUACAUGCAAGUCUUCUGUAGCAGAGCAGACACUGAAUGGCCUAAAUGUUCCUCCCGCUUAGAGCAGACUUUCGGCAGCGGAAACGAUGAAGCAACUUUCUAGUUAAUGAACGCAAAACAAUAUGCAUUUUAUGUGAAGCAGAAUUCAGUAAAUCAACGUUACGUGUGCAAGCAGUAUAUUUAAUAGUCCAAUUAUUAAGGCACCCUCGGCUCGGUGGUUGCUAGUAAAAAAAAAA